CAGUUGGUUGAUAUGUCUAUAUUUUUGUCUUUUUAUACAUCCCACAGAAAAUGUAUGAAAUUAUCAAACAGUUUUACACGAAAUAUAAAACAAGCAUAUUUUAGAGACCAAUUCAAGUCGAUAAAAAAUAACUUUUCACAUCAAGCAGUCCCGGAACAAGCGGUUAACGAAAAGAAAAAAGGCGGAAAUGUACGAAAAUAUAUCCCCUUUUUACAGGAAAUCAAUUUCCGAAGGGAUGAAGCCAACAGGAGUAUUUUGGUACAAGUACAAUCAUCUCAGUCUUACAAGGAAUUACAUUCCUACUGUAAUUUGUUUGGGUCUGUUAAGAAAAUGCUGCAUUACACCUGCGGAGUUGAACCAUUACAUUUCAUCAUAGUUGAAUUUGAAAAGGAGUCAGAUGUUAAAAAUAUACUAUCGUCAUCAACUCACAUAGAAGAAAACCAAGCAGUUCCUACCCAUUCGUCGUUUCUGUGGUUCAGAGCAACAAAUAGGAAAUUAUCCAAAUUAAAAUCCAGUAAAACAGCAGUACUGUCAUGUGAAAAUGGCACUACAUUGAUGAAAGAAUCUGAGUUAAAGGAAGUCCUGCAAUCAUGUGAUGAUAUAUCGCAACAAAUGAUAGCACUCCACAACCACACCAAAUUAAAUGAUAUUGGGAGCAGACUUCGAUAUCUAACAGUGAAACAAAUUGAAGCUGCAAUGUCUGGACUAUUUCCAAAUGCUGUGGCUAUGCCCUUUGGUUCUUCAGUGAAUGGAUGUGGAAAAAUGGGUUGUGAUUUGGAUUUGGUUUUAAGACUGGAUGACACAAAAGAAAAAGAUGAUAGCAGACUGAUUUUCCAUUGUAAAACAUCUGCUGGUUCAGAGAGGAGCACUUCACAAAGGCACAUGGAAGCUAUUGGUGAUAUAAUACACCUGUUUCUGCCUGGUUGUUCACAAGUUCGGCGAAUUUUGCAGGCCAGGGUGCCCAUUAUUAAGUAUCACCAGCAUUUAACUGAUGUUGAAUGUGACUUAUCUAUGACAAACUUAUCUGGGGUGCACAUGUCAGAUUUCCUGUAUAUUAUGGGUUCAAUUGAUUCAAGGGUGCGACCCUUAAUCUUUGCUGUAAGAAAAUGGGCUGCUGAAGUUGGACUAACAAAUGUUUCUCCUGGAAGGUGGAUAUCAAAUUUCUCAUUGACACUUUUAGUAUUAGCAUUUCUGCAAAGGCCAUUAAAUUCCGAAUCUAUUCUUCCAUCUCUGAACACAUUAGUUAAACUUGCAGGCCCAAAUGACAAAUAUGUGACUGAAGAUGGAAUAAACUGUUCUUUCCUUAGAGACAUCAACUUAUUAAACCACAAAACGAAAAACCAACAGAGUCUGGGGUCUCUACUUGCGGAAUUUUUCGAGUUCUAUUCGCAGUUCGACUUUUCAGCCAAAGCAAUAUGUUUAAAUGAACCGAUCGCACUGACCAAGCCCGAACACAGCGCUUUGUAUAUAGUAAACCCUCUAGAAAGGGGGUUGAACGUUAGCAAGAACGUGAGCUUGGAAGAAUUGGAAAAAUUCAAAAUGGAAGUGAGAAACGCCGCUUGGGUGCUGGAGUCGCAGGAGAACAAGAGCAAAAAUUGGGGUCUGCUUUCGAUAUUCGAACGACGGAACAAACCUAGUCAGAAUUUACAAUUCACAUUUACCAACAAACAAAGUAGAUUAAUGAAUAUCAGUACGUUAUUUGAAGAGGAGGAGUCUUAUAAAAAUGAAACUGUUAAAGCCCAAGUUGAGAGUAUAAAACAAGAAACGCAGGAUAAAAUAAAACAAUUAGAAACGAGUAUAAAAAGGCAAAAGUCACAGAGGUAACACAAGUGGUAAAUUAAAAUAAUUUUACACUUUAUCUUUUGUUAUACUACAUAAGAAUAAAUUAAUAUUGUUUUAA